AUGACUGCCCAGAACACACUGAAAGGCCUGUGCACCCCAAGGUACAACCUACUGCUGAACCUGAAAAUGUUUCAUAAAACUGGGAGUACAUUGGCUAAAGCAAGAGGGCAGAACAUUAACAUGUUUUAUUUUAAUGAGCUUGGUUAUAUUUGGUAUGUGUCACAGGAAAUCCCUGUUAAUGGUGGCCUACCCCAGAUCUUCUGUUUUCAGACAUAUCUGGAGAAAGCCAACUGUGACAUUAGCUAUGACAUUCCAGCUAAGAACUUCCAUGGAUCAGCAGCCAUGGACUGGGAGUACUGGAGACCUCUGUGGGCCUGCAACUGGGUUGCAGACGGUGUUUACAGGAGAAAGUCCAGGAAAUUAAUUUCUGACAUGGAAGAGAAUAUUUCAGCAGCUGAUGUUGAACAUUUAGUCAGACUUUCCUUUGAAGAAAGUGCAAAAUCUGUUAGGGAAACAAUUGCAUUAGGAAUAGAAAACAAGCCAAAGGGCUUGUGGGGAUAUUAUUCAUACCCUGUCCAUCACAAUUACAAUUUCCAUGAUCAGAACUGCACCAGUUCCUGCCCAGAGAGUGAAGUUUUGAAAAAUAAACUUUCCUGGCUCUGGGAUAGAAAUGCAUCCCUAUAUCCUUUCAUUGGCAUUAAUGCCAAUGAUCUUGGAAACAGUAACAUCUUUUUGCACUUUUCUCAGCUUAGAGCAGAUGAAUCCAUAAGUAUACUCUCCAUGACACCCCAAGGUUAUGCUUUGUCCAUAUUUGUGCAUACUUGAUUAGGUUAUAGAGACAAACCUUUACUAUUUCUAUUUGUUCAAGAUCUUAUUAACACUAUUGGAGAAAGUGCUGCCUUGGGAGCCGCAGUCAUUGUUAUUUGGAGAGAGAUGAAUUUAACUUUGUAAGGUAAGCCUAGCAACUGCACAAAAGUACAAAAAUUCAUGGAUCCUGAAGUUGGGCCCUAUGUUAUCAAUACCACAGCAGCAGAUGAGGUGUGCAGCAGGUGUCUUGCUCAAGGCAAUGGAUGAAGUGUACAAAGAAUCUGGAGAGCCCUAAUGAGGAAGUGGUUGCAAACAGAUGCCUCAAAAGACCACAGACUCACUGUGAGAAGAGGAAGAUCAAAUGAUGAUCUAGAAAUAAAGGCAGAGACAUUUGUCUGCUGUGUGGAAGGUUUUGCAACUCCUAGCUUUUAA